ACUGUUGGCUGAGGGGAAACGAGUUAUUCGUCUUCAAGGCACCCCUACGGAAAAUGGGUCAAGGCUUGUUUCUACGGCAACAGACAGUUGUAGACUAACUUGCGAGAGGUUUUCUUAAGAUAGACAGACUGUAGACUGAUGAAUACAUUAAGCUUUUUUACUUACUGUGUUAUUUCUGAGAUUUUUAUCACUAUCUAUAUAUGCAGUUUGGACAAACAGUUUAAGAUCUAGAAAUUCUAUCGUGAUUUCGUUAUUUAACAUGAACAUAGCUCCGGCUACAUUGAUUAGUGCAAAUUCCUUUUCUCACAGAGAGCAUUGCUGAGCUGAAAUUAUUAGUUUCAUAACUCGUCGUAGAAUUUAGGUUUUUGCAUCGUUAUGAACCUUCCAAAGUCCCGCUGCAAUCCAGGCAAUCACUGAUGAAAGUCUUUUUGAUACUUUUAGUAGCCAGUGCUUUUACCAUCGCAACCUGCGAUGACGAGGACAACACUACACUACUUAUCGAUCCCAGAGAUAUAUCAGCUAUCGAAGACAAACUGACAAGAAUGGAUUUUCUAGAAAAAGUUGUUGUAGUAGUAUUUGGUUUUAAAAAAGAAAAUGCAAGGGAUGACAAAUGCAUACCAAUUGGAGGAGAAUGCGCAUUCUGGAGUGCGCCAAACUGCUGUGGUAUAAGAACUCGAUGUAAUGUCUUUGACACACUGCGUCCAACAUGUAGAUACUGUGCCGGGAGAGGAUAUAUUUCCAAAUGCCGUGAAUACAACCUAGGUGUGUGGCUCGAUAUUGUCGGAGGUUGGUUCUUGGGAAAAUAGACCAAGUACACAAUAGUUUGUAAAUGAGUAUUGGAGCGAUCAUAAAGCUCGAAUUUUUAGUUUCCUUAUGAAUAAAUGCA